CAGGGCGGGGGGCGGUGCCUCGCGUGCCCCGCGCUGCCCUCGGGAGAGGCGCGUCCGCGCGAGGGCGGCGGGGCCGCGGCAGGCAGGGCCGCCAGCCCCGGCCUGAGGGCAGCGGGGCCGGGAGCUCCGCCAUGGCGGCCAACGAGGACCAGGAGAUGGAGCUGGAAGCGCUGCGCUCCAUCUACGAGGGAGACGUGUGCUUCAGGGAGCUCAGCCCCGUGUCCUUCCAGUACCGGAUAGGUGAAAGUGGAGAUCCCAAAGCCUUUCUAAUAGAAGUUUCUUGGCCAGAAACAUAUCCACAAACAGCACCAGUCAUAUCGAUGGAUGCUUUCUUCAACAACACAAUAUCUUCAGCUAUUAAGCAAAGUAUAUUGGAUAAGUUAAUGGUAGAAGUUGAAGCAAAUCUUGGAACUGCAAUGACAUACACACUUUUUGAAUAUGCCAAAGACAAUAAGGAGGUGUUCAUGGAAAAUCAACCUGUUAACACUGUGACUUCAGUCAGCAAUAGUAUUUCAAUUGGAACUCCUGAAGUGCCACCAAGUAAGAAAAAAGAGAAAAAGGAGCAGUUAUCCAAAACCCAGAAACGAAAACUAGCCGAUAAAACAGAUAACAAAGGAGAGCUUCCACGAGGAUGGAACUGGGUUGAUGUAAUUAAGCAUGUAAGUAUUUUCAAGUUCUCUUUUUUUACUGUUAAAAAGAUUUGUAAGAGAGUAAGAACUGUUUCUUAUUUUGGAUUCUAAUUUACAAAUUUCUCAAAACCUCUAAAAUGCUAGUUCUUCUGAAUAUUAGUCUGGAGGAGUUCACUCUUUGAACAUAAUUGGUUUCUUUAUUUACUGAGCAAUUAAAUCUUAAUUUUAUGAUGAGAGGAAUGCACUGCAAAUAUUCUGUCUUCAUAUGACAAGAUUUAAAAUAAAGUUAGUAGUGCUGCCGUGUUCUGGAGGGCAGUGGAUAAGUAAGAACUAAAAGGGAGCUGUCCCAAGUGGGAGCACCUUGCUGUCUCCUACAAGCCUCAUUCUCUGCUGCAGCUCCUCCAGUGAAUAAUUCUUUUCUACUUGCUCCCUCAGUAUUGAUUUCUUCCACCCUCUUGUCUUUGCUGAUUCAGUGAAAAUCACUGCUUUACAAUUUUGAAGGCAAACUAUUUUAUUUGACACAAUUGAGGUAAUUUUCACUGUAAGACCUAACGCCAGUUCCAGCUGUUAAAUAAGAGCAAGUAAAUUAUGAAGGCUGUUUUGGGCAGAAUCCUUCUGAGUUAAAAGUGGCUAUUUGUAGUGGAUAUCUUGUUUUUCAGAUAGAUUUCAUGAUAGGCGUGCUACUUUUAAUAAUUAUAAGCCUAGCUUUAAAAGGUGAGAUAUACUAAGUUAAUGUUAGUGUCUAUUUUUAUAUUGUCUAAAUUUUUAUAUGGGAAUUCUCUCAGAGAUAUGUGAAGAUAAAGUUCCAUUACUUCAUCUUUUUCUUUUUGGAGAGCUGGUGAUAUAGCCUUCAAAUUAAAUAGAAACAGUGCCCUUAGGUUUUUCUGGGGUUUGUUGUUUGGUUUGUGUUCUUAAAAUUCAACUUUCAUGAUCAGGAAAUAAGCUCAUUUAGUGUUUAAGCUUAAGAACUAAUUUUUGAUGCUUUUCAGUCUUUUGAUACAGUAGCACAAUCAGUCUGUAUUGUUAAUUAAGUAUAUGCAUGUUCAGUGUGAGAUGGAAAUAAUGUUCUUGUUUCCUAAUAAAUGGAAUGAUAGUCUAAACUUUGAA